AUGCCGGUCAAUUCACAAGGGGAGACAUCAAAACACCCUACCAUAAUCUUAGAAGCCGUUGCGUCGUAUGAUCGUUGGAUCUGGCAUGCCUUUUUUGGAGUGGCCGGGUCCAACAACGACCUCAAUAUACUCAACCAGUCGCCGUUGUUCACUGAUGUGCUUAGGGGAGAAGCACCCGUAGUGAACUUCACGGUGAAUGGACACGAGUACAACUAUGGUUACUACCUUGCCGACGGCAUCUACCCCUCCUGGCCGGUGUUCAUGAAAGGUGUUACUCUUCCACAAAGUGAAAAGCAGCGAGUGUUCACUGUUGCUCAAUCAGCUUGGCGCAAAGAUGUCGAGUGUGCCUUUGGAGAGCUGAAGGCUAGGUUCAACAUUCUAGCAGUUCCGGGACGCUCCUACUCGAGGCGUACUCUUGGGUUGAUCAUGCGUGCAUGUGUCAUUCUGCACAACAUGAUCAUCGACGAUGAGCGUGGUACAAAUUUGGAGAACAUCUAUGAGACAGUUGAUUCCAAUGUCGGUCCUGCAAUACACAACCAUGCACCACCAAGCCUAGCAGCCAGGAUUCAGAUGGACAACGAAAUGAGGGACUCACCGAUGUAUACACAGCUCCAGCAUGAUUUGAUUGAGCAUGUGUGGGCUAAUGCCUAG